UGGGGCUGUGUCACAGAUACGGUGCUGAAGAGGGACAUGGAGAACUCGGUCAAUCGCGAGGUGGAUGAACACAGGAGCCUGGGCUCAGCCAAUGGCGUUGGUACAAAGUACCGUCGGGCGUUAGACGGCGGUGGUGGAGGAGGAGGAGGAGGAGGAGGCAGUGGAUACUAUCGGCCCGUGGGCCGGGCUCUGGGAAGUGAAGGCAGCUCCUUCCGGUCCCUGGGGAGGCUCCCAGGUCCUGAGGGUGGAUACUACCGCCAGGCGACGCCCGGGAGGCUGCAGGCGGGAGACGGUAGGGUGAGGAACAGUGGUCACUUCCAGCCCCGCGGUGAGCCGAGGGUCUACGGGCGCAGGUUCGAGAGGAAGCCUGGCGACGGCGCCGUUAAUGGAUUCACCCGCAGGUGGAAACCCCGGCCCCCAGGGAACCGGCUAACCAGAACACGAGACGGUGGCGAAGGGGCUGAGUCCCUAGAAGAGGCAGAGGGGAGCGGGGGCGCUGGGGAGGAGGAGGAAGAGGGAGAGCAGCCCCACGGCUGGAUGUUGUUCAAACCCCCAGCCACAUUCCCAGUGGGGAGCAGCACCGCCCGAAUCCUGCCCCGGAUCAGUUACGCCAGUAAGGUGAAGGAGAAUCUCAGCGCAGAGCCCACCGGGACCAGAGGAGCCAGCGAUGACCACGAAUCAGGCCCCAGGCUGGGCCAGGGACUGGGUGCCAUCUUCCACAACCAGUGGGGCCUGUCUUUCAUCACUGAGCCGGGAAUGGGCGCCGGAGAUGGGGCGCGAGGGGAACAACGUUCUGGACUGAACUGUGGGCAGGAGAUGGCAGAUCCAGGGCGACUGGGAGCACCCAGUCCAGACCCCACCUCCACCUCCUCAACCUCCCCACCACCCCCACCUCCGCCCGUACACAGACUGAACACUGACUGGCAGCAGUACACAGACACUGACCCCCCAGAGCUGCAGGAUGUCGUACGUUAUUUCUCUACAGAAUGGGAUCGCAUUUGGGAGAGACACAAACGAGAGCCCUCUGUGGUCGUGCUGUACGAGGGAUCACUGAACACCACUGGUCUGAUCGAGUGACACUCCUGUCUCCUGUGUGGUAUUGUGUGUGACAAGGAAACAGUGAGGAGCAGAGGUUACAAGGUCUGCACUCCCCACCCUGCUCUCCAGCACUGAACUGCACCUCAGCAGAAGCAGGAAACAGGGUCAAACCCUGAAAACUCAGGAUAACCAGUUGAGCAGCAAGUUUGGAAGUGUUGCAGCCAAGUGAUUAAAGGCCUGUUUUUGCAAA